AUGUCCACCUACAAGUUUAGCGUCGACACCCCGCCCAUCCCCGCCGCCGACCAGUUCCGCUUGGACCUGGUGCUCGCCUCGCUCGCCCCGGAAACCCAGGACGUCGUCGAUCUGAUGGUGGGCGUGAGCCGCAACUACCAGAAGGAUGUCCGGGACGAAUUCAAGCGCAGUUUGACGAGGGAACAGCAGAUCCAGAUGAGGAACAUCAAGGUGGCCAAGAUGACGAAGCUGGUGACGAAGCGUAUGGCGCAGGCGCUGCCGCUGCCGGCGUCGAUCGGAGCUGUGGGCACCGAAGUGAAUGAGUUGUUGAUGGUUACUACUACGACUAAUACCAGACUAAAAGCGGUGCUUAACCGAUUGGAGUCAGUGGAGUUUGACCCGGCUCGGUUCCCCAAACUCGCCCAGCUUAUGAAGCGGAAACCCACUACUACUGAGACUGAGUCUCCGUUUACUUAUGAACCCUACUCUAAUGGAGGAGACUCGGGCAAUUAUGCCAAUGGCAUCCAUCCCCUGGUGUCACCGGAAUACACCCUCGAACCGGUGGACCACCCUCAAUUACAGACGACUACUAAUACUGACCAGUCUCCCGACCAGUCACCGCUAAGUUCUGCGAGAACAUCGGUAAGAGAACUCACACCUCAACCACCGUCAUUUACCCUCGAACCAGAACGGCUGCGAUCGCCUAUUACCAAUACUUCUCCUGAACCUAUACUAUCGCCAACCAAGGCGUCGGAGUCGUCGCUGUCGCCAGAACCGUCACUGCCAUCACUAUCACCUUCGCAAACGCCCCUCCCGCGACAAAACUCUCUGAUUGACCCGUUGGAACCGAUCACACUGACGUCAUCGUCCCUCAGUGGCAUCCAGUCUCCCUUGCUCAAUGCUACUAAACGUACGCCCCGAAAACCGUUUGUUAAAGUGGAAAGCCAGGAACCAAUGUCGCCCCAACAAUUCGAAGAGUUCAUGGCUCAGUCCAUUAAUCAAUACCGGCGGAAAAAGACGCUGCGAAGCUUUAGUUCCUCCCGCAAUAACAGCGCUGCCAGUCAUAACCCUAUCAACUUGUUAUAUUCGUCACUCAUGUCUCAUCCCAAAUACGUGGACCCGAUCCCCAAACUCCUGAACCCCAACCCGUUCUCCAGCGUUAUCUCGAUAAAACUGCUGCCCACGGCGAUACAGACAUUCCAGACGUCUCACUUCAAAAAGCUCCGUAUCAAUGGUGACCCCAUUACCAGUGCCACUUUCGUCAAGGCUCAAGCCCGCAAAAAUGACCUCCAGCAACACCACCAGCAGAACCCGCCGUGUGAGUGUGCUCAGGCCACCCCCGCCAUCAAAGCUCUCGAAAUGCUCAGUGACAACAUUGCUGAUAUUGAGAAUGUUCCCGGAACGCCUCCGUGUCACUCACCAGUGAAUCUGUCGCCGCCGCAAACCCUGCCCUUGAAACGAGGCAGUGACGACGACAUCUGGACGACCGUCGACUCCGAAGGGCUAGACCUUCUGCCGCCUCGCCAAUCGACAUCGUCGUCGGCGGCCACCCCUCGUACCCCCUUAUUGUCGGAUGCCGAUGUCCUGUUUGAGAAAGACAACUCGCCCACGCCGAAGCACCGUCCUUCCCACCACACGUUGAAACCAAAACGACUGAUCCUUAAAACAUCAUUAAGUGGUCAGGCAGUGCCGAUAAAGAAGAACAAGCUUGAUGCGGCGAAGUACCUGGCCCCGCUGGCUUUAUCCGAAAUCAAUCUGGCCUACGAUGGCCGGAAUAACCUCCUGGUGACGUCGUUCUCGGCCAACGGGAUCUUACUCCCCGUGGCCACGGGCGACUACUAUAAACGCGGCUCGCCCCCCGAUAACGACGAUAACCGCAGCAUCCUCUCCAUCUCCAACCUCAAACAACACCUCGAGGAUUACUAA